AGAAAAAACGGAGAAUCAUCGCUAUGAGUAGCAUCGACAAUUAAAAUAAACCGUUUCUUCAUAAUUGAUAAAUAUUUUUAUCGAUAAGUGACUAAUAGAAACGAUAAAAUAAAUAAUAAAUAGUUUGAGGAAAAUCUCGCAUGCAAUGUUAAAAUCAUAAUUAUUGAAAUGUUGCAUUACGAUAAAACGAUUGCAUAUGUACACACGCUACUAUCGAUUUAAUAAUUAAUCGAUAUUUAAGGAAAUGUGUAAUGUCAGGGUUGAAAGCGUCUUUUAGUUGUCACCUAUUGCGCGCGUUUCUUAGAAAUUAUUGACUAUUAUUAAUUAAAGUAAGAGAGAGAGAGAGAGAGAUAUUUAUUUAUUUAUCGACGCUAAUCGCGAGUACAAACUUCUCUUUUUUAUAAUCAUCAUGAUAACCGUAAGCUGUCUUCCAAGUUAUUUACGUUAUAACCUCAAAGUGAACAUCGGAGAUGGUUUAUGUACGUUAGGUUGAAGGUAAUUGGAAACUCGUCUCUGAAAUGAAGCCAAGAGUUACACAUUUUGAAAGUAGUUAAUUAUAUUAAAAUUGUUUAACAUUAAAAAAAUGUAUAUUAUAAGACAUGCCAGGAACGAAAGACAAGUGGAUUAGACGUUUCGUUAUACCCGAAACUACACGACAUAGUAAAGGCUUUACCAUUUACAAGGUCACAUCCGUGGUAUAUUUAAAAGCGUCCAGAGAGGAAAUAUCUAAGGUAUCUGUUUGGAAACGUUACAAUGACUUUAAAAAACUUCAUUCGGAAUUAUACGCUUUACAUGGACGCUUUCAAAUUAAAGACAAUUUUCCUCCAUUUACAAAAUCUAAAUUUUUUGGAAGAUUCGAAGUGGAAGUCAUCGAAGAAAGAAAGCACAGCGCGUUACAGUUCUUAGAUUUUAUUGGAAAGCAUCAGUGCUUAUAUACCAGUGACAUUUUCAUCAGAUUUUUUGAGAACAGUCUUUUAGAUUGUAAUAUAAAUGAUUGUUCGCAAUCUAUUAGUUCUGAUACUUCUGAAGAGGAUCAUAAUAACAUUGCAGAGAGGACGUGUCUUUCGAAGUCACAAGUUACAAGUUCUUUGGCCGUAGAAAGAAAUUCAUUAAAAUUGAAUACGGUCACUUCCUCCAAAGAAUAUGACAAAGAAUAUAAUACCACUAACGCGUUACAGACGCAAAUUAUAGAACAUAGUCAUAUUUCUAAAGGCGAGAAGACUUUAGGCAUAGAUACUAACGUGUCGAAUGUAUAUAACAAACUAGAAGAUAAUCUGAUAAGUAAAUAUGAAAAUUUAAAUGAGGAAAAGUAUGAAAUCAAAAAGACAAAAAUGGUAAAAAUUCCCAACUCUAAAAUGAUACAAGAUUGUUCAGAUCUUGCUCGUACAUGCAAGGAAAUUACGCAUUAUAUCAUAGUAGCUGCAGCUUAUAUAAAUGCAGCAUUCAAGCACGAAGCUAUUGCAGAAUACGAAGAAGCGUUUGCUCAAUACAAAAUGGGUAUCUCUACGUUAUUGCUUGGCGUCGAAACAGAUCCUGACCAUGUGAGGAAAAUAAGAAUUAAAAAAAAUAUAUCUAAAUAUUUAGAUAGGGCGGAGAAAUUAUAUAAUAAAUAUUUAAACUGGAAUAUUUCGGUGCUAAAUAAGCCUGUGUCGGAGCUUCAAUAUUACAAAGUAUUGAAAAUUAUAGAUUCCGUAAUGCUUGUUACAGAUUUGCAUUCGAGUAAUGUUAGAAUUGUUAAAAGUAUUGAAAAAUCGUUAUGCAAUAAGGAAAAUAUUAACAACUAUAUAUUGCGCGGGCAAAUACCAUUUAUGGUGCAUUUACAUGCAUAUAUUGAAACGGAGACGACGGUAUUUCUUAUAUUGGAAUACAUUAAACGUGGUAGAUUGUGGGAUUUUAUAAUGAAAAAUUACAAACCGUGCGAUCAUUCGUUUAAAAGAGAUUCUAUGGAAACGCUUGGUAUCAGCAGCCAAUAUCAAAAUACUUUGGAAGAAAUACUUAAUAACGAUAAUGAAAUCAAAUUAAUAAAAAGCGGAGCGGUAGAACUUCCGUGUACUCCCUGUACUUAUGACACUGCAUCGACAGAGAUAAAACAUAUGUUAAAGGAAGAUAAAGAUCAAUGUCGGAAGGAUACUUUAGGUGAAGUCUGUGGCAGUGAUGUGCCUACGACACAAUUAUUAGAAAAAGCGCAAAAAUUGUUACAAUCCGUUAAUGCUACUUUAAGAAGAAGUAAUUCUGUUGCUAUCCAUUUAAAUGAAUCUAAAGACCUGAUGUAUUCUCGAGAUAAUAUCAAGCGAGUAAUAGAGACUGAUAAUAUUUGUCGAUGUGAAUGUUCUCUUAAAUUAGCAUAUAAUUCUAAUCUUAAUGAACCCACGCGCAAUGAUAGUAAUAAUCGAGAGAAGAAAGAGGUGUUUGAAUCGAUUAAAUUCUUUGGAAAAAAUAAGAUAUUGCCAAUAAACACGUCAAAGGAGAAUAAUUUGAAGAAAUGUUUAAGUAAUAGUUUGGAGUUCAGUUUUAGCGAUGCACAAGAAAAUGAUACGUUAGAUAACACUAGUUUGGACGGAUCGUGUAACUCGUUAACAGAUAAGAAUCUCAAAUGUGAAUCUUUCCAAACUGAAGAUAUUAUCGGACAAAGUAAUGCAUCAAUGUCGAAAUAUUUGAAGGAAAAUUGUAUGAUAGAAAAGAGCAAAGAUUCUGUCCAUGCGAACAAUCAUUCCGAUCCUAAUUGCGGCAAAUUAGUAAAUUGGGAAAUUAAGGAAGAAGUUGUUUGUCGUUGGGCAGCAGAAAUUCUCUUAGUGCUCGAAGCGUUGCAUCAACAAGGAGUUGUAAUUUUUGAUUUGAAACCUGAAAACAUUUUAUUGGAUGACCAUGAUCAUGUAAUAUUAACGUAUAUUGUACCAUAUCGUAACAUCGAAUUAACCAAAAUAAGAGAAGCAUAUUCAUCUCCGGAGCUGUACACAUUUUCGCCUAUGACUUCUAUUUCGGCAGCAACAGAUAUUUGGAAUUAUGGAGUCAUUUUGUACGAAUUACUAACAGGCAUUAAAUUUAGUUCCUUGCACGCAGAACCAUUCCGUUCUCAUUCCGUUCUUAGCAUACCUAGUAAAUUGUCGGGUAAUGCCAGAUCUUUACUUUUAAGUAUUUUAAAGUAUAAUCCAGAGGAACGAUUAACAAUAUCGGAUAUAAAGGAGCAUUGUUUCUUUGAAAAUAUUGAUUGGUCCAACAUGGUAUAUUGUACAGUUUAAAAGCAAAAUGAUAUGAUCUAUGAUCUAAAAGAGAGAUUUCUCGUCUAUUGUGAAGAUGGAAAAUAAAUUUUGUACAGUUUAAUUGAAGAACAAAAAAAUGAUAGAAAAAAUAUACAUGCGUGCAUUGAAAAAUUUUGAGAUAUUUUAAUCUAUAGACGAUGAUUAAGAAUAUAAUCGAUACAAAUAUCAAAAUAUAACAGAUUGUUCUAAUGAAAGAGUACAAUUUCUUAAUGUUGGUUGCAUGGUAUGUUCUGGAGUUCCACACGUAUCUUUUCUAUACCAAUCGGAGCAUUUAAAUUGCAACAUUCCCAUCUGUAAUAAUUAUAAUAAUAUUAUAAAUAAUAAGAAAUGAAUUAUUUAUAA